AUGGCUUACUUCGACACCAUCCACAAUGCGAGCACCUUUCAAGAAAAGGCCUUGUCAAAAAAAGGCCAAAAAACUAAGCUCAAUCGUCAAGCCCGAGGUACGAGAAGGGCCCCCCUCCCACUCCUCGAGCCCUAUCUCGUGAACGAGACGCCCUCCCGCCCUGACAUCCAGGCUUUGAUUGGUGGCCCGGUCCUCAAUCUUCAGGUGCUGCCCAUGUUGUCCGACGCUCACUUCGUUCUGGGCUACGGCCGAAGCGGCAUUGGGUUUGUCUGGGCACAGCUUGGUGCACUCCUCCAGCGGCAAGGCGACGAAGAUAACCAAGAGCAGGAGGAACCAAGAGCAGGAGGAACCAAGAGCAGGAGGAACCAAGAGCAGGAGGAACCAAGAGCAGGAGGAGACAUGGAGAACCCGCAGGGCACUGGGGUCGAGGACACUGAAAUCGAUGAUCUAACGCUGCAUCUCGCACGCUUUUUCGUGCGCGUCGUGUUAAUUUGGAGCCAGCAACUAUACAUCCAGCUACCAGAUGAACAGGCUGUCGCUGAAACCCGCGUCGAGAGAGUAUCGGCAAAUUAUCAACUCCAGUCCGGCUCAAACUGUAUUCUAUGGGCUGUCGAAGAUGGUGGCGUGCGCUUGCUUUCGCUGCCCGGCUUGAAAGACUCUCGUAUUGUGGCAUUAAUGGAAACAAAGCAGCGCUUUCAAGACCUCGAGGAUGGAAAGCCGGUUAUUUCAGACGGACUGCUGGCUCAGAUGGCUGGGCAAGCAUUGCUAGUGCUCCUCGAUAAAAGGCGCAGGACUAUCUUCGAUACUAGGUAA